CCUCUCGAGUCUCGAUGCAUGCUUAGGUUCGAUCGAUGCUAAUUUUGAAGUCUUCUUCUCCAUUCCCCUGAACAAAGCUAGUCUUCUUCUCCAUCCCACCCUAGCUACCUCCUCUGCUCUGCUCCUCCUUCACAUCACAACACAGCAUUCAGGUUCUUCGUGUUAUUUCUUGUGUCACCCAGCAUCCAUCCAUCCAUCCAUCUUCUCCGGUGGUUUUUCCGUGGUGAAUAUACAUACACAUAUGUACAUAGAGUGACCGGGGAUGAACGUGAAAGCAAGCCCGGUCCUGACGGCGCUGUUCGCAGCGGCGAUCGGGUUCUUGGUCGGCAUUUCUUUUCCUGUGGACAUCACACCAAAGCUUCAGUGUGGCAUCCUGCCUUGGAGCAGCAGCGGUGGCGCUAUGAACUGCAGCUUAUGGGGGGACUAUGGGGGGCACAGCAGCACGCUUGGCAGACUAUGGGGGGCGCCGUUCAGGAAUAGCAACAAUGGUUCCCCAAAUGCCACCAGUUCAGCGCCGACUGUAGAGGUUGCAGCAGCAAAACCUCAAGGCUCGGAGACGCGGCUGCCUCCGGGGAUCGUUGUCCCGGAGUCUGAUCUUCACCUGCGCCGGCUCUGGGGGUCCCCGAGAGAGGACAGCGCGACUGGCAAGUACCUCCUCGCGCUCGCGGUAGGGUAUGGCGAGAGGGCCAACGUCAAUGCAACUGUUCACAAGUUCUCGGACAACUUCGACAUCGUGCUGUUCCACUACGACGGCCGCACGACGGAGUGGGACGAAGAGUUCGAGUGGUCCAAGGAGGUCGCUCAUGUCAGUGCCAGGAAGCAAACCAAAUGGUGGUUCGCCAAGAGGUUCCUGCACCCGAGCAUCGUGGCGCCCUAUGACUACGUGUUCGUGUGGGACGAGGACCUCGGCGUCGACAACUUCGCCGCGGAACCGUACCUGGACAUCGUGAGGAGGCACGGGCUGGAGAUCUCGCAGCCGGGGCUGGACAUGACCGAGGGGUCGGCGCCGAUGUACGACAUCACCGCCAGGAAAAACGGCAGCGAGAUGCACAAGACAGAUGCAGGGGGCGAGCACUGCUGGGACGUGCACAAGCGGCCCUGCAGCGGGUUCGUGGAGAUGAUGGCGCCGGUCUUCUCGAGGGACGCGUGGAGAUGCGUGUGGCACAUGAUCCAGAAUGACCUUGUCCAUGGAUGGCCUAUCGACUCCUAUUUCUGGAGAUGUGUCGAUGAUCCCGAAGAGCAGAUAGGCGUCGUAGACGCGCAGUAUGUUGUCCAUCAUGCAGUCCCGACGCUCCAGGGCGAGGUGGUUGUCUGGUGUUUCUUGGCGACAAAGAAAAGACAGGAGGCCGUUUUGAGGUAAGAGCGCGUCAAUUUGAGGAGCUGGAGGCCUUUAACUCUAGGUUUGCCAAUGCGGACAAGGAACUCGCCAACAGAUCGCCAUCAACACUAAACUAGUUUACAUAAUUGAUUUCAAGAGGAUAAACCCUAGUUUUUAUCAGCCAAAAUUUUGGAAUGUAAUUAUUAUUUUCUCAUUAAUCAAUAUAGUUUUUAUAGGAA